AUGUCAGACAAGGCGCAGCAAAGACUCCAGGCUCUGGGCAAGCAGCUCGAUGCACCCCCGCCCGUCAAGAUCGCCGGUCCUUCGGCGGCACCCCGAGUCCCUGGCAAGGUCGUCAUCAUCACAGGCGCAAACUCCCUGAUGGGCAUCGGUCGGGCAUCGGCCCACCAAUUCGCCGAGAACGGCGCCCGGGCAAUCUACAUCUGUGACUACGCCGACGACAACCUCGAGUCCCACAAGAAGGAGCUCAACAAGCUGUAUCCCAAGGUCGAGAUCCACAUCCGCAGGUUCGACGCCGCCGACGAGAGCGCCGUCGAGGAGGUCGUUUCCCACGCCGUCACGACAUACGGCAGGCUAGACGUCUUUUUCGCCAACGCCGGCAUCACCGGGCCUCACAACCCCUUUACCGAUAUUACCGAGGAGGACUUUAUGCAGAACAUGAGGACCAAUGUCUUGAGCGUCUUCCUCGCCGCCAAGCACUCGGCCCCCGCUAUGGCCAAGACGUCGGCCGACAAGAAGACAGCCGGCGGCAGCAUCAUCCUCACCGCUUCCGUGGCCGGCAUCCGCUCCAACGCCGGCACGACCCCUUACUCGGCCGCCAAGGCCGCCGUCAUCUCGGUCGCGCAGACGUGCGCCUACCAGGCCGCCGGCACCAACGUGCGCGUCAACGCCAUCUGCCCGGGGCUCAUCGAGACGGGCAUGACGUCGCUCAUGUACGACACGGCCCGCGCCCGCGGCACCCAGAGCAAGAUUGGCCAGAUCAACCCGAUGAAGCGCGGCGGCCACGCCGACGAGAUCGCGCGCGUGGCGCUGUUCCUCGGCAGCGACGAGAGCAGCUACGUCAACGGCCAGGCAUGGGCGGUCGACGGCGGCUUGAGCGCGGGUCACCCGUAUGUAGUUGGCAAGCUUGCGUGA